AUGUCCGAACGUUUUUAUAUUGAACUAAAGAAAAGUCGAAAAAAGUCGAAAAAUACUGUUAAUUUAUCAAAUGAAAAAUAUCAACAAAUAUUGAAUGAACUACUGCUGCCUAAAGAUGGUAAAAAAAAAAGCAUAUACGACAUUUUGGUUGUACAACAAAUAAAAAAAUUAAUUUUUCCGGUAACUGCUGAUGACAAAAUAUUAUUUUAUGUUAAUGAGGAUGAACUUUACGAAAUUCUAAAAACUACACAUGAAUCAAUUGGUCAUGGUAGUCGCGAUAGAAUGAUUUCUGAACAUUCAAGAAAAUAUAAAAAUAUUACUCGGUGUGACGUAGAGGUUUUUUUACAUUUAUGUGAACCAUGUCAACAGAAACAGAAAGGUGUUAAAAAGGGUGUAGUGGUUAAGCCUAUUAUUUCACCGGAAUUUAAUUCUCGAUGUCAGGCACUUGAAUAUAAACGAGCAGAAAAAGUAGCAUUUAACCUCAUAGAUAUUUUUACGCUAAUAGGAGCUCCAUCGAUCUUACAGUCAGAUAAUGGACAUGAAUUUUCAAACAAUAUAGUUUCUAACUUAAAAGAUAUGUGGUCAGAACUUAAAAUUGUUCACGGUAAGCCAAGGCAUAGCCAUAGUCAGGGCAGUGUCGAAAGAGCAAACCAGGACAUCGAAAAUAUGCUCACAACAUGGAUGCAAACAGAAAAAACUUCUCAGUGGAGUCAAGGGUUGAAAUUCGUCCAGUUAAUGAAAAAUAGGGCCUUACAUUCUGGAAUUAAGAUGUCACCAUAUGAGGCAUUAUUUGGCUUACUUCCAUGUGAUGAUCCAAUACAUUCCGAUAAAGACAAUUCAAUACAAGACACAAUUCAAUCAAAUAAUGCAAAUGCCAUAGAUAACCGAAAAAAGGCUAAACAAAAUCUUGAAAAUCAAGCCGUUAAAAUGAAAACAUGGUCAGAUAAAAAACUUAAACCGGCAGAAGUAGGCGCUACAGUUAGGGUUCCAGUACCCAAUGUGGACAAAGGUCGCGGAGAUGCUCGAAAUAUUUUAGCUGUCGUUAUAGAAGUUACAGUUGAUGGGUAUUAUCAAUUAGGAACUAAGGAAGGGCUUUUAAAAUCUUUAUAUUCAAGGUCUCAAUUCACAAUAUGCCAAAAAAAUUUAAUAGCGAUUGAAGAAGUCCCAAGAGAAAAUACAUUUGCUUUACGUACAAUUGCAACUCAACAAUCUACAGGAACUGGACAAGGUUUUAUAAAAUGCACAUGCAAGACAAAAUGUCAGUCCGAAAAAUGUUUAUGUGUAAAAAAUAAUAUAUUAAGUACAUCGAAAUGUCAUGCAUCAACUAUAUUAUGCUGCAAUAAAUAA